ACUAGGAAAGGAGGCUGGGACUGGCACCUGUUGCUUGACGGGCAGACUCAGGAACAACAGAAGAGAAAAGAUUUAAUGUUAUCCUCAGGCCACAUCCUGAGAAUUGUUCCGGUAAGCAGCUCCUAGGACAAGAGACUGUUGCUUAAGAAGUCUAGAAAACUUGAGCAAGAAAAUGUCCAGUCCUCCAAGAUGAAUCAGCUAUAGAUAAAUGUCAGGAACCUGGCAAGCUUAGCAGCAAAAGAGCUACAGGACGCUCCCAAGCUUUUACUUCUUGCCUCAGGCCCAACAGUUCCACAUCCUUGGUGUACCGGAUCCAACAAGGGCCAAUCCCUUCAGACUGAUGCAUCUCACAGGAAAGAAGUGAAGGGAAGUUAAAGAACUGAAGGGAAGUGAAAGAAGUGAAGUCUGAAUCUUCUCGCUUUGGGAAAUGACGCACUGAUCUUGCUACAUUCCUAAAAGCUACUAGAAGUUGUGGCUGUGGCUGUACUGCAUUGUCAAUUGUGUGCAUGAGCUGAUCUCGUGCCUACCAUGCCUGAACUAGAGCAACUGGGUAUAUCUAGACCACCUGCCAAUGCUGGCCAGAUCCAGAGGAACAUCUUGGAGGAACAUGUGGAGUUGUGGUGGUUCCAGCAGCCUAGAAAAUCUUUCCUUUGUUAUGGGGUGGCUGUUGCACUCAUCCUGGCCUGUGGGGUAGGUGGCAUUGCCUUGCUGUACAGUACUAGCAGCCGUUCUGGGGAAUGGAGACUAGCAGUGGGCACCACACUCUGCCUACUGGCACUCUUGGUGUUACUGAAGCAGCUGUUGAGCUCAGCCAUCCAGGACAUGAAUUGCAUUCGCAACCGGGAACAGGUCGAACUGCUAAAGAGCGGCGGUGCCUCAGACUGUGCUGUGCUGCUCUUGACAGCCCUGGUGCUACUGGUGUGUGGCACUGUCCUUACUGCACUUUCCUACACUACUACCCCUAAUGGCAGCACCCCUACUACCACUCAACCGCUUGCCAACAUGUUCAUCAGUGGUAUUGUGCUCACAGCUUCAGGAGCUAUCCUCUUGCUCAGUCUACUUCUUUAUUUGACAUUCACCUCUUGUCGCGCAACCACAUCUCACAUCCGGAAUGCUGGCAAUGACAGGGCCCUCUUCACAAUAUCAGGACGCAUUGCAGCCAGUCAGCAGCUCACCUCUACCUCCAGCACAGCCAACCUUAUUUAAGCAAUAGCUGCUGCUUCUGACAGAGGAUACAGAAUUGGCAUUUGCACUUUAUUUCACACCAACCAGCCUAAAAGACAGGCCGUUUCCUACAAUGUGAUAGAACUUCACGACAAAGUUGUGGUGCCACAAGGGCAACCUGGGCUUGCCAACCAGACAUUACAACCCACAAAAAUAUCUUACUGUUGAAUGUGGAAUUGGUCUUGUGUGAGUGGAAGAACAGCCAUCAUUCCAAAUGAAUGGUUUCUGGCAUAAGAAUAGUCUCCCAAGUAACCGGCGGUUGCUAAAUUCAGAGGGAUGUCAAGUUUCACCAGUUUCUCUAAAAAUCCAGCACACUCCCAGCUUGACUUGUGAAGAACCCCUGGCCAUCGCGCCCUCAUUUUCACAUGUAGCUUUGCAGUUAAAAGCCUAGAAACAUGCUUGA